GGCCGAGCUAGGCUACACCAACACCAUCAAACUAUAAGCAAACAGCCUUUCCUUAUAGAUCCCCUUGUAACCACUUCAUCACUCCGGCAAAUUCAUACUUCCAAAACAAAAAAGACAUGCAUGUUGUCAAGAAUUCGCCAAAAUCUAUUGAUAAAAAGUGCGCAAGGAUUCAUGCCGAGCAGGAAUUGCCGGUGCCCUUUAUUGAAGAGCAGCUGAAAAAGAUAUUCAAGCGGUUUGACACCAACAAUGACGGCCGCCUCAGCAGGAAAGAACUUCAAGAGGCUUUCAACAGCUUAGGUUCGUAUGCUCCCAGCUGGCGAGCUGGUCGAGCACUCCGCCAUGCUGAUGGAAACGGAGAUGGAUACAUCACUGAGGACGAGUUGGACUAUCUUGUAAAAUAUGCUGUGAGACACGGUUACACCGUACAAUAAACCCAACUGUGAAAAAGCUCUGUAAGUUAGCUUGGUAAGGUUCCUGGAAAAGCAGGAGUAGCACUGUAGGAUCGGGGGUGUCUCUGUUCUGUUUUUCUUCUUUUCAUUGUUCGAAUGUGGUCUGUUAUAUAUUCCUCUGAGGAAGCUGUUUAGUGCUGCUUGAAUGUACUCGUAGUUCAGUCUAAUACGUAAUGCUUUCUUUUACUUUUGGGAUCACUACC